AUGGAUGACAAACUAUAUAAUCAGCUAUACAAAUACCUCUCCUCUCUACAAUUUGACUUGGACAUCUCUAAUGCGGAAAAAUCUCGAAUUCAAAAAGAAUCUAAAAAUUAUUUAAUACAAAAUGAAAAAUUAUUCAGACGAAACAAAGAUAAGCCCCAAAGA